ACCUAGAGCAGGCUGACCUUAAACUCAGAGAUCAGCCUGCCUCUGCCUCCAAAGUGCUGGGAUUAAAGGAGUGUGCAUAUUUGUUGUGGAGAGUAGUGUGUGCAAAGUCAGGACAACGUGCAGGAUCCAUUCUCUCUUUUCCUCACGUCUCUCAGGGUCUUCUCGAGUCCUUAGACUUGGUAUGGCACCUUUAUUUACACUUUGAGCUUUGUUUCAUUAUUUUAUCUCAUUUUUAACUGAAUUUAUGGUUUAUAAUUUUAUUUUGAAUUAGGGUCUUGCUGAGUUUUCCAGGCUGAUCUCAACCUUGGUGGUAAUUCUCCCACCUCAUUGUCCCUUGUGCUGAGAUUUGUACAUGUCCUGGAUCUCACGCUGUAGACCUGGCUGACUUUGAACUCAGAAAUUCGCCUGUCUCUGCCUCCCAUGUGCUGGAAUUAAAGGUGUGCACUGCCCCGGCUGGCCCAGCACAGUUUGUAAUUGGUCGUUUUGUGAGAGUGCGCAUGUAUAUAGUCCAGACAUCCAUGUCGGUGUCUUCAUUGAUCUUUCUUCACUUAUAAACAAUGGGUGUUCUCUGUAUUCGUGUCUGCGCAUCCCAUAUGUGACCAGAAGGGGGCGUCGGUUUCCCAGAGCUGUGGGUACAGCCGGUGCCCUAACUUUGCCAUCCUUCCCAGCCUCUGUUUGCACAUUGGGGCAGGGUCUCGCACUUGAGUCCAGAACUCCUGACUGGAUCAAUGUGUGUGCACCACGUCCUGGUCAUCAAGGAUCUACAGAGUCACAUAGGAACAGCCUACACUUUGGCCACCACAUCCGCUCGCUCAGCCACCUGUCACCUCACGCCUGCUCUGCACCAGGCCUCGAGCUGCCGGGCAGAGCCAUGAGCCCCCAGCCCUGUGGCUGGGGCCGGUAGCCCCUGAAGCUCUGGUGUGUGACUCCAUGUGUGGUUUGGCCCUGCGGUGACCGGUGUGACCCUGGUGGCCACUAUGACUAAGCUCCUCGUGGUGAAGCUCCUCUGCAUGGUGGGCAUGUUCUUCUUCAUGCUGCUGGGCUCGCUGUUGCCCGUGAAGGUCAUUGAGGCCGACUUCGAGAAGGCGCACCGCUCGAAAAAGGUCCUCUCUCUGUGUAACACCUUCGGGGGUGGUGUCUUCCUGGCCACGUGUUUCAACGCACUGCUGCCUGCAGUGAGAGACAAGCUGCGGCAGGUGCUGAGCCUGGGCCACAUCAGCACGGACUACCCGCUGGCAGAGACACUCAUGAUGGUGGGCUUUUUCCUCACCGUGUUUGUGGAGCAGCUGGUGCUGACCUUCCGCCGGGAGCGGCCGCCUUUCAUCGACCUGGAGACCUUCAACGCAGGCUCAGAUGCCGGGAGCGACUCUGAGUAUGAGAGCCCGUUUGUGGGUGCGGGCAGCCGCGGCCGCGGGCUUUUCCCCGAGCCCACAGCGCACACACAUGGUGCAGGGCUGCGGCUGCGGGAGCUAGGACGCCCCGGCCCGCUGCGGCUGCUCAGCCUGGUAUUCGCGCUGUCGGCACACUCGGUGUUCGAGGGCCUGGCGCUGGGGCUGCAGGAGGAGGGUGAGCGUGUGAUCAGCCUGUUUGUGGGUGUGGCUAUCCACGAGACGCUGGUGGCUGUGGCCCUGGGCAUCAGCAUGGCCCGCAGUGCAGUGCCGCUGAGGGACGCAGCCAAGCUGGCAGUGACCGUGAGCGCCAUGAUCCCCGUGGGCAUCGGGCUGGGCCUGGGCAUCGAGAGCGCCCGCAGCGUGGGCAGCAGUGUGGCCUCGGCGCUGCUACAGGGCCUGGCCGGUGGCACCUUCCUGUUCGUCACCUUCCUGGAAAUCCUGGCCAAGGAGCUGGAGGAGAGGAGCGAGCAGCUGCUCAAGGUGCUGUUCCUCGUGCUGGGCUAUGCCGUCCUGGCCGGCAUGGUCUUCCUCAAGUGGUGACGGACUUGCCUGCCUGUCACCUGCUGCCCGCUCGAGCUGUAGGUUUCCACAGGACACACAGGUCACGUCCUGUGCCAGCCGCACUCCAGGGCCACAGCCCACACGGGGCUUCCCGCACUCCACCCACUGAUAAUGCUUUCAAAAGAAGUCUUAAAGUUCUUUACCAAA